AUAUUUCAGUAUCUACUUUCUACGACCCGCAUUUUGUUAACGAAUAACAAAUCCGUUAAAACUUAUCAUUCCACACUUCAAGUUUACUGACGCUCGACUUUUAAAAGCGUUCCAUUUUAAACACGCAGUGCAGUCAUAUUGAAAUCAAGAACUGUCGAAAGACCGUUGAGUAAAGAUGCAAAACCAAGAUGGCGCUGAAGAAUUUACAACUAUUCCAGCCGUUGACUCGUGAUAUGGUGUACCACCAUAGGCAGACGCCCAUGAGGGCGCCACCGACGGCUUUGUCCAGGAGCAUUUCGAAGAGUGCUGAAGCUCUGGCUAGUACGAAAGGAAAAGAAAUAAAAACUAGAAAAGCGCGCAGCACAGAGCAACCAGGUGCAGCAGGGCUUGUCAAAGGCUCCAGCACCUUAGGCCUUCCAGCUCUGGGCAAGACCUGGGGCAGAGAUGACGACAGCGUGCGCAGUCGGUCGAGAAAUGGCAGUGGAAGCAGAGCGGGCAGCCUGGACCGAAGCUCUAGAGGCUCCAGCACUACCCUUAACUCGGAUGAGGACAACAUUAACGUCGUCGUCAGAGUUCGGCCCCUCAACGAUAAGGAACGAGCGUGUCAAGAGCGGGACAUGCUGGAAUUCCCUGGCAAGGGGCAAGUCAUCUGCCAGAAUCCGGGGCAGAAGGCCAAGGUUUUCUCCUACAAUGUGGUCUUUGAGCCUGCGGCUACACAGGAGGACGUCCUAGAAUAUUCCGGUGUGAAGAGGCUUCUAGAGAUGGCGGUCGAAGGUUUCUCCUGUACAGCCUUCUGCUACGGACAGACGGGCAGCGGGAAAACGCACACGUUGACCGGACCCCCGGGCUUGGUAGAACGCGGAGCCAGCCCAUACUCCGAGGAACACGGGCUUGUGGUGCGGUCGUUUGUGUACCUGUUCCGGCUGAUACACGACCGGCCGGAGUGCCACUUCAUACUGAAAGCCAGCUUCCUUGAGAUCUACAAUGAGAAGGUGAUAGACCUGCUGAACCCAGGCAGUGCUCGCAAGCCCCUGCAAGUACGAUGGUCGAAGGAGAGCAGAGGAUUCUACGUGGAAAACCUGUUUACUGUUGAUUGCGAAGAGCUGGACGACCUGUUCGCUGUGCUAGAAGAAGGCAUGCGUAACCGCGCAGUAGGCGCGCACGCAAUGAACAGCCACUCAUCCCGCUCACACACAUUGCUCUGCGUGCGAGUGCGAAGAGACCUGCGCACCGACGGUGACGUGACUUGCUCCACGCACGGCAAGAUCAACUUUGUGGACCUGGCCGGCAGCGAGAUGACCAAGAAGACGCAAAGCACGGGCAAGACGCUGGAGGAGGCCAAUAAUAUUAAUAGGAGUCUUAUGGUUUUAGGAUACUGCAUAGCACAACUAAGCGACGGCAAGAAGAGAGGCCAUAUACCAUACCGGGACAGCAAGCUAACUAAGCUGUUGGCUGACAGUUUAGCUGGAAACGGUGUAACUCUUAUGAUUGCGUGUAUAGCCCCUUCGAGAUCAAAUAUAAGCGAAACAAUCAACACUUUACGAUAUGCAGCUAGAGCCAAGAAGAUUAAAUCAAAACCCAUCGUCAAAAUGGACGCAAGAGACGCACUCAUACUGAGUCUGAAGAGAGAAGUGGAAGCUCUGCAAGCGGAGAACCAGCACCUCAGGACUGCGCUACACGUGCAGACAGACUACAGUAUGGAUUACAACCAGCGUCCUCGCAACACUCCACCGGCCCUCGAAGCCAACAAGCUCUAUCAGCUUCCACAAUCAGAACUAGUCGAGUUAGUCCAACUACACAUGGACGAAAACUCAGCAUUAAGAACCGAGAACCAAGAACUCUUCGGAGUAAGAGACCAACUGUUGAGAGAUCAAGAGUUGUUGAGCCGGGAGAAUGAGAGGCUGCUGAAGAAAUUGGAGGAUGUCAACUCCGUAUGCAUCCGUUCGCCGAUCAUACCUGCUCGCCCAGCAUAUUCGGACAUGGGGUCAUCGGAGCAGCCCAACAUCUGGACCAAUCCCGCAGGCUCGUCGACCAAUAGCGUGCUCAGCGCCGGCAGUAGGGGCAGCUAGAAUUGACUACCACGCAGGUUACAGUUGCAGAGAUCGUAAGGGUGAAUCUACGUAAAAGUAACGUGAGUCACGACUUCAUUGAGUGUUUAUUUGAACUACAGCUGCAAAUGAAUGGAUCUAUGCAUAUAUCGGGAAAGUAACACUUAUUUUAGAGAUAGAUUAUCAUGUGAAUUUGCAUCGUGAAUAAACGAAACAUGCCAUAAAAUCGUGACUCACAUUAGGUACUCUUGCCGCGGAUUGACCCGUAAGACAAGAGUUUGAAGUAGGUGCAGUCUACUACAAAGAGAUGUGUCCUGUGCACAAAAUGGAUACCUACAUAUCUUUAUAGCAAGACUACUUACAGUAAACUAAGGUCACUUACAGUUGAGCGGAUAUUGACGAACUUUUUUCGCUCCUCCAGCGCCAAGCCAAAAAGUAUGCUUCUUAUUGGCUCAAUGAUGCUUCAAAAUAUGACUUCUCUGUGCUGUAACCUGAAGUGGUAUAAACUGCAAAAUACCUUACUUUAACCGUUUGUGUGGAUGACACGAGAGGCGUGCCAUUUAAAAAUCGACAUAAGUUGUUCGUCGCCAGUGUAAAGUUUCCGAAAAUGGUACAGGCAACGAAUCGGUUAAUACUUAUUACAUAACCUAAUCUUAUUUUACUAUUUGUGCAGUUGAUUGUAUAUGUAUAGUGUACAUAUUUUAUAUUGAAUAUUUAAGUGGAACACAAUUCAACUCGUUCUUAGUAGUAGGUAAAUAUUGUACUUGACAAUAAAGUGUUUCCUUGUAGUUUUAGUAUAGUUCCUAGUUUUCACUGAGCUCUCCAUAUAAAUAAGUUAAUUAUGUAGAUAUAGGCAUAAAUAAAUACAAUACCACAUUAAAUUUAUGUUUGCCCUGCAUUUUUAAUUAUCGUGUUUUUGGAUAAAAAUACAGGUGAAAAUGUGUAAUUAUUGUAAAUAAAGGCUUAAUAAAACCAAAAUUACAUUGGAGUUUUUAAUUAUUUACAAAUAUUUUGUGUUUACUGGGGCCCAUUUCUCGAAGCUACAAGUUACAAUUGA